AUGCGCGAAAACGUGGAACAACAAUUGGCUAAGUUCAUAAAAGAUUUGGACUGUCUGAGGGAUGAACAGGAGCAUUUCAUAGAAGAAGUAAAACAUGAGUACAAUGAAAAGAUUAGGCUUAAGUCAACACAGAUAGAGAAUCUCAAAACAGAGUUGCAGCUAGCUAGGGAAAAGGCAAAGGAUGGCAUAUUCGAGAAGACCUUGCUGGAAAAUCAGUCAGUAGUGAUUGACGACUUGACGGUUGAGGUGAAAUCUCUCAGGACCACGAAUACUGAUCUUGAGAACGAAAUGAAGAGAGUGAACUUGGCACACUCGGAGGAGACGAGACGAUUGCGUGAUGAAAUGGCGACAAUGGAGCGCGACUUCAGGGAGAGAAUUGUAUAUCUCGAGCGACAAGUGGGUGAGGAGCGUGAAGUGGAGAAAUUUAACGCCCAAUUCAAGGACUUUGCACAGAUAGUGGAGGACCUAAAAACAGUAAAAAUGAAUACGGAAGCCCAGCAGGAUUUAAUCAAACAGACUGCCACUCAGAUGCAAAACAAGCAUGAAGAUGUUCUGCGCCAAUUUAGAGAAAAUUGUCAAAAUUCAACAAAGGAGUUGUUCAAGCUGAUCCAGGAGGAGGACCAGCGAAUGUGCAGACUGAGAGAGGAAUUAGGACUCUGUGGUGACUUGGAAAAUAGGUGGAGGACGCAGAUCAAGGAUAACCUCUUGGGAGAUGUGGAUGAAGGCGUGCUCACGAUGGGGAUUCGGUGCCAGCUGGAGGAGACCAUCAGGGCUCUUCACGCCACUGUCGAAACGCUAAAGAGACGAUCAACGACGCUGGAGAAGGAUAAUAUGAAACUCCGAGCUCGCUUGCUCAGGCACGGCGAUAAAUUCAAUCUGACAAACAAAAGCCACCGUCCCAACGCGUCAGGCGACUAUAGUGCCUUCUAG